CUCAUUCGGAAUACCGUGUGUCGAUUACUUUUUCGAGCGUAGUUCACUUAAUAGAUCGGUGGCUGUACGAUUUAUUUCCAAUUAAGAUGUGGUUCCGUUGCUGUUUUGUGCUGCUUGUAUUUGCGCUAAUGAUUUGUAUGGCGACUGUUCCCGUUAAGACGGCACCGUCAACUGAAAUUGCGGAGAAUGGGGCCCACCAUGUAGCAAAACGGACAGGAGACACUUAUAACUGUAAAAUCGAAUGGAUAGAAUGCACUAAAAUACGCAUUGCAAUACAGAUUAUAAUAUACAUUACGUCUGCCAACGAUGAACCAUUGACACAUGACCUUGUUACACCGUACACUAUCGACGACGAGAGUGAUAACACAGUUCUAUGGAGCGGAGAUAUGGUAUUGCCUGCUGGCGAGAUGUCUGCCAGUACCCCCAUCAUCGAUCUGACGAGCACAAUCAGCACUGUGUUUGGACUUGACUUUAUUGACCCAUUUCUUCACAAAGCAAUCCACGAAAUUCUUGGGAAAUGUGGCCAUGGCACCGGCGAUCCACAUAUGAUGACAUUUGAUGGACGUAAAUUUACCUUCAAUGGUCACUGCUCCUAUGUGCUAUCAGAGGAGUGUGGCAAUAUCGACCCGUCUUUUCAAGUCACAGCCGAUUUCCGAGGUAAAAAUCCUAAUACACCAUAUGAGCCACCGACGAGAAUGGUAGCAUUUAAUAUAACUAACUAUGGAAAGCAAUUGGUUCGUAUAAAUGAAGACAAUUCCGUAUUGAUUAAGGGAAAAGCUUUGACUACUCAUAGCGGUCGUAUUGGUGACAAUGAAGGAUUUGUAUCGCGUAGUGGUAGUAACGUUACAAUAUACUUGACCCAACCUUCCGUAUCACUGAAUUGGAACAGAGCUAUACACGGUAUAACUAUUGGCUUGGAUGAUGCCGACUUGUUUGGCAACGUAUGUGGUCUGCUCGGAAAUGCGGAUGGCGAUCCACAUAACGAUUUUGUCAUGCCAGACGGAUUCAGAACAUCCGAUGUUGAUAUGUUUGGUAAUAGCUGGGAAGUCAAAGGAAGCUGUCCAUAGAACAAAUAUGUCAUGAAUCAACCAUUAUGGAACCAAACCUUGGAUAUACAAUUACAGAUAUUUAGAUUUCUAGAUGGUGUUAAUUUAACUUUCUUUGAUAUAUAACGACACAUACCCACCGACGAAUGCAAUUAUUACGUAGUGGGCUUUACUGUUGUUAUUGUUAUUGUUUUCUUCAUUUAAUCUCAACCAUUUACGUUAUAGUUUUCGAUAGAACUUAAAGACAUAUACACUAUUAUGGUUAUACAUUGCUAUACGUAUAUGGUGCAAAUAUUUCAUGUGACACAACAUUUCAAUCCAAGGGUACUUCACAGAUAAUUUAUAGUGAUUACAUAACUCGGGAGUCAAGGAUAAGAAAUAAAUAAUUGAUUACUUUCUACUGCAACUCAAAUCUUAACUG